AUGAGUUCUAAUCUGAAAAAGACAGGGCAGCCUCGAAAAGCGUGUCCUCCGCCCGCUGAAACAUCGGAUAAUGAGACUGCACAGGUAACAAACCUUUUUUCCAAUAAAUCGAUAAUGGGUCAGUUUAGAACGAAGGAGUGGCUCGUAGAAAAAGCACGAGAUUGUCAAGCAAACCACUUCUCAUUGAAUCUAAGGUAGAGUUAUAGUUUACUUCAUGUUGAAGAGCAUGUUAGUUUUCCAGAAAACGUCAACGCCCAUGUCCACAAAGCGCAUUCCAGUGGCUCGAAGAGUUUUCAGAAAAGAAGUGGGUUCGUGCUCAGAUGAUGAUGACGACGUGAGUAUUCACACGUAACAUUUUCUUGAAGUUUGCUGCGAUUACAGAGCAUGCCACCGCCCAAGACGACGUCUUCUGAGAAAAAGAAGAAACUUCUAAUGAGUCCGCGAACGACUACCCUUACCAAUGAAGUAGAAUCCCUUUCGGUUAGCUUAUUUACGGAAGCCUCGUCUGUUCAAAACUUCAGUUGUUUCAGAUUUCCAACACUAGGACUCUCCGAUCAAUAACGGUGAUUGGAAAGAGAACUCCUACAGCCACGAACCUCAAAUCUAAACUGACUCAGUCGCAGCAGCGAACUCCUGAGAAGAAACCAAGGGAUCUGUCUCCAGAAACAUCAAAAACUGAGAAGAAAGCGAAAUUCACAAAAAAGACGGACCAGAAAGUCGAAAGUUCCAACUCUUCUGACUCGUCAGACUCGGAACCCGAGCCACAGUCUUCUACUGCUAGCGGAGCCCUAAAAGGAAGAGUGGUAGAAUUUGAUUCUUUGAAGUCGUGGAUUUUGGAAAGCAAGGUGAAGAAAACGUCGCUGUCAAUCUACAUCAGUGGACAGCCGGGAACUGGAAAGACGGCCACCACUCUUCGAGUAUUGAAGGAUCUCGGCUCUUCCGUUCGCAGUUGUAUGAUAAAUUGUGCAUCAACGAAUACGAAAACCGCACUGUUCAAGACUAUCUUCGAAGCGUUGGACUUAGACGGAAAAGCAAAUGUGGAGAAAUUUGAAGAGCACGUGAAAAGUUUCAAGGUACCACUGGUGCUGGUACUCGAUGAGAUUGAUCUUCUCGCUACCCGAAAAAAUGCGGCUCUUUACGCGGCUUUCCAAUGGCCCGACACUCUUUCGCACAAAAUUAUCAUUCUCGGAAUCGCGAAUUCUAUCGAUUUGACAGAACGUCUUCUGCCUAAGCUCAUGCUCGCCAAAACACCGAAGCGGCUGGUUUUCGAACCGUACACCAAAGAUGAUAUCGUUGAGAUUCUGAAUGAAAAAAUGAAAACAGAAGAGGUGAAAACAAUAGCGCUUGAGGAAAAAUUUUAACUGUUUGAAUUUCAGGCUGUGAUUGAUGCAAAGGCGAUCGAGUUGACGGCCAGAAAAGUGGCGGCAAUGAGUGGAGAUCUUAGAACCGCUCUGCAUAUUUUCAAACAGCAGAAAAGUCGUCUAGCUAGUUCAGAAGAAGGAGCUGCUCCUCCAGCAACUCCUGGAAACGGUUGUCGUGAAGUUCUCGGCAUCAUCAACAGCGUCUACUCGUCUCCUCUGGCUCGUGCUCGUCUUCCUCUUCAACCUCGCAUUCUGCUCGCCGUCUCACUCGCCCUUUCUUCCAACAAAAAGAGCCACUUCGAUCGGAACUCGCUGCUCCGGGCAUAUUAUAAGGCAUGCGAGGCUAUCCGAGUGCCCGCUCUCGAUGACGAUGAUCUACAUUCCGCGUUCCAAACUCUCGAAUCACAGUCGUUUGUCCGUCAGCUGAACGGGGGCAAACUCGUUCUCCAAGUUGAUGCCCCGACCGCCAAAUCGGCAAUCAGCGACAAUUCGAUGCUCGAUCAAAUCGGACUCCUUCAACUUUAA